CUCCUCCGUACCUUGUCACGGCAGAGCAACCCGACGUCGACCGCGGGACCAGCCCAAAAUCAUCCAUCAGGACAUAGUGGAAUCUCAACAGAUAGCAUCCUCGAAGCUCGACCUCCCCCCGCCUCGUCAAAGAACCCCAGACCACCAUUCCAUCCACCAAGUUCUGUUUUCGGGGACCCAAAAAAAUCUCUUUCAAGAUGUCGCAAGGCCAUGCUCUCUCUGAUGACCAGGUCGCGGGUGAACUCCGCAAAAUGACCGCUUUCAUCCGACAAGAAGCUCUGGAGAAGGCACGAGAAAUUCAACUCAAAGCCGACGAAGAGUUCGCGAUCGAGAAGUCCAAGCUCGUCCGCCAGGAGACGGCCGCCAUCGACUCCCUCUACGAGAAGAAGUUCAAACAGGCCGCCAUGUCUCAACAGAUUACCCGGUCCACGCUCGCGAAUCGGACCCGUAUUCGUGUCCUUUCUGCCCGCCAGGAACUACUGAAUGAUCUUUUCGAACGUGCUCGCGCGAAAGUCUCCCAAGUCGCUUCCGGCGACAAGUCCAAGUACCAGGAUGUGCUGAGGGGGUUGAUUCUCGAAGGCUCGUAUGCCUUGAAUGAGGAAAAGAUAUCUGUCCGUGCUAGGGAGAAGGAUUACGAUCUAGUGAAGAAGGCAAUUGAAGACGCAGCGAAGGAAUUCAAGGAGAAGAUCGGCAAAGAGGUCACGGUGGAUUUGGAUGAAAGUAAUCCGUUACCGGCUGAGUCUGCUGGUGGUGUGGUCAUCAUUGGCGGUCGAGGUAAGAUCGAGAUCGCCGAUACCUUUGAAGAGCGUCUGCGGUUGCUGGAGAUUGAUGCUCUCCCAGCUGUGCGCGAAACUUUAUUUGGCAAGAACUUGAACAGGAAGUUUUAUGAUUAAAGCUUCAUGUACGAAUCUAAUAGGGGCUUUUCGCAUGUUAAUUUUCUUUUGCCUACCGUCUGUUUCUGGAGAAGCGCCUUGUCCCCUUCAUUUCAUUUCAUUUUCUUGCUUCCAAUGUUAGUACUUAGGUUAUAGAGAAUUGGCGUAUUCUUUGUAUCUAUCUAUACCUGGAUCCGAAUAUGCAACAUGUUUUUACAUAUCGUUCUAGAGACCAAAUAGGUUAAACGACCAUGUAUCCGCUGG